ACACCCCAACAAACACCACAAAACAAUCACACCAAUAAUUAAUUAAAAAAAAAACAUUACCCAAUUCCUAAUAAUAUAUAUAACAAUACAAGGAGCUAGUAUGUGUCAUCCAAAUCCUCCAACAUCACCACCGUUGUUGCCACCAUUGCAACACCCGCGGCCGCUGCCGCCGCGAUGGGCGCCCAAUUCUCGAAGCAGGUCGAGCGCCGCAAGGCGGUGGCGGCCGAGCGGCGGGCGCUGGCCGACCUUCUGGAGUCGGCGGGCGACCAAUUCCCGGGCUCUGACUUCCGGCCCGCCGACCGCAAGGCGUGGAUGUCGGCCCUCGGCCCCGACAAGCUCCGGAUCAGCCAGAUCGUCUGGCCGGGCACCCACGACUCCGCCACCAACAAGAUCGGCGUCCGCUUCGUCUCCCGGCCCUUCGCCCGAUGCCAGGACUGCUCCGUCUACCGCCAGCUCGUCAACGGCGCCCGCCUCCUCGACAUCCGCGUCCAGGAGGACCGCCGCAUCUGCCACGGCAUCCUCGUCGGCUACUCCGUCGACGUCGUCAUCAAGAACCUCAAAAAGUUUCUCGCGGAGACCGAGAAGGAGAUCGUGGUGCUCGAGAUCCGCACGGAGUUCGGGCAUGAAGACCCGCCGGAGUUCGACAAGUACCUGGCGGAGCAGCUCGGAGAGGUGCUGAUCCCGCAGGACGAGGCGGUGUUCGGGAAGACGGUGGCGGAGGUGCUGCCGAGGAGGGUGAUCUGCGUGUGGAAGCCGCGGAAGUCGCCGGCGCCGAAGCACGGCGACCCGCUGUGGAGCAGCGGGUAUUUGAGGGACAAUUGGAUCGACACCGAUCUCCCCAAGACCAAAUUCGAUAGCAACAUGAGGCAUUUGGGUGAGCAGCCGCCCGUGUCGGAGAGGAGGUACUUCUACCGGGUGGAGAACACGGUGACGCCGCAGGCGGACAAUCCGGUGGUGUGCGUGAAGCCGGUGACGGGGCGGAUCCACGGCUAUGCGCGGCUGUUCAUAUCGCAGGCGUUCGCGAAGGGGAUCGGCGACCGGCUGCAGGUGUUCUCCACGGAUUUCAUCGACGACAACUUCGUCGACGCCUGCGUGGGGCUGACGCAUGCAAGAAGUGAAGGGAAGGCAUGAGAGAUCCGGCACAGGAAAGGAAGGUAGUGUAAGGGCGUGUAUGUAGAAUGUUUUUUUUUUUUUUUUCUCUCUCUUUGGGUGUAUAUUGUGGGCUUUGUUAAGUUCUUAAUCAGUUAUUUUUAAAUGGGUUAAUUUGUAAUUAUCGUGGGUUAAUAAUGAGUCGUUUUGUUUAGUCA